UUCCGCGAGCGGGAUGCCCUGGAGGCCGUGUUCCGCUUCUGGUCAGGAGGGGAGAAGGGACCCGAGGUGUUUCCCAUGAGUCGCCUUUGGGACUCGAGGCUGCGCCACUACCUGGGUUCCCGCUACGAUGCCCGGCGUGGUGUUGCAGACUGGGACCUGCGCAUGAAGCUGCAUGAUCGAGGGGCCCAAGUCAUCCACAUCCAGGAAUUCCGACGCUGGAGGGACACAGGUGUUGCGUUUGAACUUAGAGACUCAAGUGCCUACCAAGUGCCCAACAGGACCCUGGCGUCGGGUCGCCUCCUGAGCCACCGUGGGGAACGCGUGGCAGCGCGCGGGUACUGGGGGGAUAUCGCCACAGGCCCCUUUGUAGCUUUUGGCAUCGAGGCAGACGACCAGAGCCUCUUACGGACGAGUAACGGACAACCGGUCAAGACUGCAAGCGAGAUCACGCAGCACAAUGUUACAGAGCUGUUCAGAGAAGUGGCCGCCUGGAGGGGCCCGAGAGCCAUCCAGGAGUACCUGGAGUCGCCCGAGCCGGAUGCGCCUACUCGAGAACCCUUUACUAUGCACUUUCUGUCCCUCGAAUCUUCGCAGACUCUCCACCAUAAGACCUGCUACAAGGGCCGGUUCCAACUGCUCUAUGUGUCCUGUGGGAUGGUCCAUCUUCUCAGCCCUGAGCUUGGGGCUUGCGUGGCCCCUGGAGGAAACCUGGUUGUGGAAUUAGCUCGGUACUUGGUGGACCUGCGGCCCAAGGAGUUGAAGGCGUUUUCUGACCGUGUUGAGGAGAUAGCGCGGGCAGCUGGGUUCGCCCCUCAUACAGGGGCCACCCCCUCGGAGACCUUUCUGCGCUUUUACAAGUUAGGGAACUCUACUAUGGGUAGUGGAGACUCAGCUGUGGAAUCUGCAUUGGUGCCCUGUAAAGUCCCAGCCCCUCCUCUAGAAGCGAUAAACCCACUCCAGGCUGACCUUGUCCCUCCUCUAGAAGCGAUGAGCCCACCCCAGGCUGACCUUGUCCCUCCUCUAGAAGUGAUGAGCCCACCCCAGGCUGACCAGGCUUCUCCUCUAGAAGUGAUGAGCCCACCCCAGGCUGACCACACUUCUCCUCUAGAAGCGACGAGCCCACCCCAGGCUGACCAGGCUUCUCCUCUAGAAGUGAUGAGCCCACCCCAGGCUGACCACACUUCUCCUCUAGAAGCGAUGAGCCCACCCCAGGCUGACCAGGCUUCUCCUCUAGAAGUGGUGGCACUGCCCAGCACAGUUGGAGGCUUUAACCUGAAACCAGAGCUAUAA